CUACUUGUAUUAAUACCUUGUGCCAUUUCUACAUUACUUUUGGAAAUAAAUUUUAGUUAAAUUAAAAAUUAAGAAUUGUUUAUUGAAUUUAUUGACGUUAAUUGACUGCUGCAUUCAGAUAUGAUAUCAUUUAAACAUAUCUGAGUUUUUGUUUUCAAACCCAUUCUUCUGAAACGUGAAUUAAAUAGUUAGGCCUUAUUUAUUCGUUAUAAUAAAAAAGGAAGUGACAUAGAGCUGUCGAGUUAGUUAGAGAUAGAUGUUCAGAAGCUGGACAGUAAACUGGGAAAAUGGCAGUGAAUCCAGACAUACAGAAGGAAAGACAGUCGGCUACCUUCGACACAGAAAAGCUAACAGAAGUAGUGUAUGGUGGCAAGAAAAUGGUUAGACGUCGGAGAUAUUUACAAAAUAUAAUUUUCGAAGACAAGUACUUGAACUCAUUCCCGCCAUGGUGGAAUAGAACUCGUGUUCAGCAGUAUGACACUGCUAUCAAGAAAAAUGUUUACUUGAACAAACUUAUGCAGGAUCUCAACAUUACCGAGUUUACAGAACAGGCUUUCAUCAGCGAGGCAGGCUCAGGGCAUGAGGGUAACCCACUUGGUGUUCAUCGGACUAUGUUUAUACCUACAAUCGAGAAACUGGGAACCAGAGAACAAGUCGCAAAGUAUGUAGAACCUGCCAAGCAGUACAAGAUUAUAGGAACCUAUGCUCAGACAGAAAUGGGUCACGGAACAUUCAUUCGUGGGUUGGAAACAACAGCUACAUAUGAUGCAAAGACAGAAGAAUUCGUCAUAAAUAGUCCAACCGUGUCGUCUAUUAAAUACUGGCCUGCUGCAUUGGGAAAUACAUGUAACCACGUGGUACUGAUGGCUCAGUUAUACAGCAAGGGAAAGUGUCACGGUAUUCAAGCAUUUAUCUUGCAGAUAAGAAGUUUGAAGGACAACAGGUUAUUACCAGGAGUGUCUGCGGGAGAUAUUGGAAACAAGUUGGGAUUUAAUGCGCAGGACAAUGGAUAUCUAAAAUUUGACAAUGUUCGGAUUCCGAGAGAAAGUUUACUGUCCAGAUAUGCCAAGGUUGAGAGAGAUGGUACAUAUACAGCACCAGAGACCCCUAGAUUGGCUUAUGGCACAAUGGUUUUUGUUCGUGCAUUAAUUGUUGGACAGUGUGCGAAGUCACUGGCUCAAGCCUGUGUGAUAACAACAAGAUACAGUGCUGUCCGACGACAGACUGAAAUAAGACCAGGUGGCGAAGAGCCCCAAGUGAUAGACUAUCAGACACAACAAGAGAAAAUAUUCCCCUUGUUGGCUGCAGCGUAUGCGUUCAUCUUUAGUGGAAAUAUGAUGUUAAAGGAAUACAUCAGAAUAAAUGCAGAUAUGGAGAAGGGAAUCCUGGAUGAGAUGGCUGCGCUUCAUGGUCUAGCUGCUGGCUUAAAAGCAUUUUCCGCAGAGGUCACAAGUAAUGGUAUAGACAAAUUACGUAGAGCAUGUGGAGGACAUGGUUACUCACAUGCCAGUGGUAUCCCAAAAAUCUGGACAUAUAUCACACCUGCAUGUACAUACGAAGGAGAGAACACUGUCAUGUAUCUACAAUGUGCUAGGUAUUUAGUAAAACAGUAUGCCCAGGCAGCCAGAGGACAGAAACUUGUAGGGUUUAUGUCCUAUCUCAACAAUCCAGUCAAGCAGAGAAGUGCACUGAAUGAUGCUCUCAAAAUGUCAGACCUGAUUGAGGCGUAUGAACACACCGCGGCUAGAUUAAUCAAGGUUGCAGCUUCCAGACUACAGGCAUUGGUAAAAGGAGGAAUGCCUAUAGAGGAGGCUAGAAAUAAAUGUGGAGUGCCAUUGGUCACAGCCGCAAAGGCUCACACCCAAGCGUACGUGGUGAAACUGUUUAGUGGUGUAGUGAACAGACCCGACUUUGACCAUUCUGUUGCACGAGUUCUCGAGGCGUUAUGCAAACUUUUUGCUGUCUAUGGAAUCAACGAGAGACUAGGAGAGUUUAUACAGGAUGGUUUCUUGGAUGGUCAACAAGCUGAUAUGAUCCUGAACAAAACACUUUCAUUGCUUGCUGAAAUUCGACCAAACGCUGUUGCCCUCGUUGACGCUUUUGACUAUUCCGACAAAAUCUUGCAAAGCUGUAUCGGACGUUACGAUGGCAAAGUAUACGAAGCCCUGUAUGAAUAUGCCAAAACUUCACCGCUCAACAAAGAAGAGGUACAUGAUACAUACACUACUACUCUAAAACCAUUGAUGGAAGGCAAACUCAAGUUUGAUUCGCCGGCUGCUAGGUUGUAGGGAAGAGAACAUUUGAAAAUCUUAAUUUGUUUUUUGUGUGUUUUGAGUCAAAGUAUAUAUUUAUAAAGAACUGUGCCAUGGAGAAGGUUUGGUAUUAUAUGGAUGCCUAUUGAACAAAUUAAAUUAUGAAUUGCUAUGUUGUAAAUUGUUGCUUCAGGAAAACAUGUAAAAUGAAUUAUGCCUUUGUGCGUUCAUAAAUGAUGAUGUACUUUAUCUAUGUUCUUACUGGACAGGUUUGCUUCAAACUUAAUAUAAGUAUUCAUUAUCAUCAUCGACAUCACAUGACAUCAGGGUGUCUUUCAUUAAAUACAGCUAUCAAGUUAUAUCCAGUUAUACCUUAAGCUGAAUUAAGUGUGCCAUGAAAUAUAUGACAUGUGUCAUCAUGUUGAACUAUAUAUGCGCUUACAAAUGUGCCUAUCUUAAAAUGUACAUACAAUGUUUCUUUAAAUAGCGAAACAACAAAAAAAAAACAAUCAAGUUUAACUGUUUACCAUGUAUGUUACGUGUAUAUAAAAGUGUUUUGAAUAAAAUACAUGUUGAUUAUACAGUAAUUUAUACAAUAAUUAUAACCUUAUA